GCGUCUUCGAGCCUUCGAGCCUGUCAACUCCCGACUUGCGAUAAGCUUCGUGCCUGCUGCUGGCUUGGUAUCGUGCGCACAGGCUGGCAUUAGACCAUGGGAGCAAUGUUUUCUGCUCGAUACUCUUGCCACGUCGUCUCAUGAGCUGUUCACAGAGAUCCAGAUGGAUGCCAACUCUGCUGGGGGAGGCAUCUUCGCCUCCCUAAACAAGGCCCAACGCCGUGCCGUAACGUCCGAGGCUUCAACCGUCGCCAUCCUUGCCGGCCCUGGCAGUGGCAAGACGCACACGCUUACGUCUCGGGCCGUCUGGCUCAUCAAUCAUGUUGGCAUUCCUCCAUCUGACGUCCUUGUGGCAACCUUCACGGUCAAGGCGGCCAAUGAGAUGAGACUGCGUAUUGGCAAAGCCCUCGGAGGUGGACUGGAGAAGAAAAUCGUACUAGGGACGUUCCACAGCAUUGCGCGGCGGUACUUGGCAGCCUAUGGGCAGCGAAUCGGCCUCCGCCAGAAUUUUGGCAUUGCAGACGACUCGGACUCGCGUGGCAUUAUCACGCGCAUUUGCAAGAGACAACCUGCCGCCCUCGAGCCGGCAAUGGUGCGUGGAUGGAUCAGCAAGCGCAAGGCACGUGGCACAUCGGAUGACACCACCAAGCCCGGUCGAGGGGGAAGGAACGUCGAGUCCAAGGCUCUCGAGGAAUGCUACCAGGAAUAUCAAGCUCAACUAGACCGGUCCAACUUGCUGGACUACGACGACUUGCUUGUCCGUUGUGUCGAGCUGCUCCGCAAGUUCCCUUCUUGUGUUUCCAAUAUCCAAGCCGUCCUCAUCGACGAGUAUCAGGACACAAACGGCAUUCAAUACGAUCUCACAACGCUCUUUGCGCAAGAGAAACGCCGAAUCACGAUUGUAGGCGACCCGGAUCAAAGCAUUUACGGCUGGAGGUCUGCAGAGAUAAGAAACCUGCACCGCCUCUUACGCGACUAUCCGGGGACGGACGAGGUCUCGCUGGAGGAAAACUACAGGUCAUCAAGCUCGAUUCUUGAUGUAUCGCUCAAGGUCAUUCAGCAAGACACGGACCGAUACAAGAAAGCUUUACUUCCAGUCCACGACAGGGGCACAAGGCCCGUGCUUCGCCACUUACGGACCUCCACAGACGAAGCAGACUGGAUUGUGUCCGAAGUCAAACGUCUGCAGUUGAUGUCUGGUGGAAUGGUAGAGCUGAGUGAUAUCGCGAUUUUGCUACGAUCCGCAUCGCUAUCUCGACACAUAGAGUCAGCCCUUGGUCGGCAGGGCAUGGCUUAUCGAAUGGUUGGCGGCUUCAAGUUCUAUGAACGAGCAGAGGUCAAGACAAUUCUCGAUUAUCUACGGAUCAUACAUCAUCCGGACAAUAAUGAUGCCUUAGCUCGAAUCAUCAACGUGCCAAAGCGUGGUGUUGGCGACGCAACCAUCAAGUCACUCCUCGAAGAGGCCGAGAGGAACUCGAUGAGCUUGUGGAAACUGCUAGUCAAGCAUUGUCGUGGCGAGCGGUGGGCAAAGACCACGAUUCGGAAGCAGACGGAGCAGAAAAUCAGUGGCGAGCUCAUAAGACUCGUGGAAGGAGCACGUAACCGCAUUGCGUCCGACGAUGCUGCGCAGAGUGAUUUAGCCACGAUCAUCGACAAAUUGCUCAAAGAUCUCAAGUUUGAGGACUACCUCAAAGACUCGUAUCCUGAGCAUGAAACACGAUGGGCAAAUGUCCAGGAGUUUAAAGCUAUGGCUGUCGAGUUUGCUGGUAGUGCUGACUCACAAGCCGUUGAAGACGAGCAACUCCCCGAGAUCGAGGGCAUCGAGCAGAACACGGACAAGCAUAUCUUGGGAAGAUUUCUUGCCAACGUCUCACUUGCCUCCGACAAGCAGAAGGACGACAAGGACGGCGAUGGCAAGCCGAUGAUUACAGUUUCGACGAUACAUUCCGCAAAAGGUCUGGAGUGGCCAGUUGUCUUUGUCCCCGCGGUAUACAAAGGCUCCAUUCCUCACGUGCGUUCUGACGACGAUGCGGAAGAGCGGCGACUCCUUUAUGUCGCCAUGACCAGAGCUGAGGCUCUACUAUAUCUGAGCCGCCCUAUGUUCACCUCCGGUGGUGGCAGUGACGCCCUGCAACUUUCGCCAUUCGUUGCAGAUAUUCCUGCUCAGAACUUCUUGCAUAAAGGUCCAUCUCUGGACCGUGAAGUCAUGUUGAAAGUCGCAAAGUUGCUGCGGAGAGACCUUCCUCCCGACCAGGAUAUAUACAAAGGCAUUCCGCUUCUGACCGGCUUGGAGGACGACCGCUUCCCGAUCGAUCCGAAUGAGCCCAAGGCGGACAAUACUCGGUGGGCUCACAGCAGCCACCAAGGUCAAAAGCGACCGAGGCUGCAGCAGGCCAGUAGUGCUGAACAUGCGAAACCUGACACAGGCGACGAAUGGGCAGCUCCGCGAGCUACAACGAUGGACAGGGCGACAUCCUUCACAAUCCCGUCAACAGGCUCAGCGGGCUUUACAACAGCAGGAGCUCACUACGCCGCCGAGGCGGUGGCUCAAUCGGCACGAGCUGCCGAGAAGCCAAAACCGCAAGGUGUUCAGAGAAGACCAGCAAGCAACCGUGCACCUUCGCAAAAAAGCCUGCUGGGCUACGGCUAUGGCGUCACCAGCCACGACAUGUCCAAGGUGACGGCAGAGUCACUGUCCACGAGCGUUCACAGCCAAGUCGCUGCCCAUCAGUCUCAAGUGCGCCCGCCAUGGCAACGUAGGCAGCAACGGCCUCAAGCAAUGCCGAAGCCAGGUUUGCCACCAGCACCGCAGAUUGAAGACGGUCUAGCCUCACAUAAGGUCGGCACCGCUAGACUGAACACGAAGCCGUUGGUAGGGGAGAAGAGGGACAAAGCUCCGGACAGCUACGCCUGUUUCUCGAGCUCCCCGCCGCGUCCAGAAAAGUCAGCCGUCGUGGUCGAUGGCAAGGAGAACGAGCCUAUCACGGAGGAAGACCUCACACGACCGGCUGUAAGCUUCCAUGCCACCACGGUAUCUGUGCCGACGAUGGGCAUGGGCGGUGGUGUUCGGCAAGGGAUUAAGCGCCCCGCCCCACUUGGCCGGAGCGGCAUCACGCCCAUGGACAGGCUCAAGAGGCCCUUCAAACUCACCAUCAAGAGACCUUGACAAGAAUAAUACGAAGCACGGUAUUAACGAGUUUCAUGAA